CAGAGAUUAAAACAACACAAGGGUUCUGCUUCAUGCCAUCUACGCUCAGCCAUUGAACACUCUGCUCCCUCUGACUGCCUCAUAAAAGCAAGAUUUCUGCCUAAGGUUUCUGGCUGAAGGAACACAGCAGGGCUGGGGAGGAAGAAGCAGUGGCAGCAUCAGCAGCAGCCGGCGGAGUGGAGCCGGUGUGGGCUGUGCUGCAGUGCUGGAGCUCUGCUUCCUCUUAGAGAGCUGCUGAAUAAAUAUAGCUCUGUGCUUUUCAAUGUGAUUGUGGGGAGUGUCUUCUCCUGUGCCUGCCUGCUCUGCUGUGUGGCUGCAUAUAUAUAUAUAUAUAUAUAUACAGUAUGACUGUGUGUUUCUGAGCUGGGUUAUUCCAAUCUCUGGAAUUGGAAGGGCUCAGCUGCGGAGACAGCUUCAGCAGCACUGCUUCCAUCUCCCUGCUCCUCACUCCUAUCCUAAUCUACUUGCCCAUGGCCGGUGUGGGAUUUUCCUGUUAAGAUACACACACUCUUCCGAUACAGGUUGUUUGAUCUGUUUCUUUCUGUUUCUCUGUGUCUGCUUCUUAGCCAUGAUCUUCAGAAGUGUGAGAACAAGUUUGGUAAUUCACUGCUAAGGACAUCAAGGGGACUUGAAGACCCAAUCAAGGGUCUGGCAAAGCAGGGCAGGGGUGGGCUUGUUAUUCUUGGACAAGGGGGGAGGUAAAUAUUUAACCACCCCACCCUCAGCUAUUUCCUAUCUUCCACUCCCCUUCUCAUCAAAGCAAGCAAGGCUACAGAACAGGAAUACUGUUGGGAGAAGUUCCACAUACACACUGCUGGGAUCUGGAGUUUAUACCUAGGACCAUUUGCAAGCCAUGGUUUGGAUAUUCAGAGACAGGUGCACUGUUCCAUUCCUGGGGAUUUUGAGCUGCAUCUACUGCAUGGCCCGGAGUGCCUCCCCUACAUCUAUGAAAUGUGAUGAGCCAUUGGUGUUGGGAUUACCCCAUCCGUCCUUCAGAAGUUCAUCAAUUAAAUCGGGAAGUUAUGCUCCAGGUUAUGCCAAGCUCAACAAGAGAGACGAGGCCGGUGGCUGGUCCCCUUUGGAUAGCGAUCAUUAUCAAUGGCUACAGGUGGAUUUUGGAAAUCGGAAACAAAUCCGGUCCAUUGCGACACAGGGACGAUACAGCAGCUCUGAUUGGGUGUCUCAGUAUCGCAUGCUAUACAGUGAUACAGGCAGAAACUGGAAACCCUAUCACCAGGAUGGAAAUAUUUGGGCAUUCCCUGGAAAUGUUAAUUCAGACACUGUUGUUCGUCACGACUUGCAACAUCCAGUAAUUGCUCGUUAUGUACGUAUUGUUCCAUUGGAUUGGAAUGAAGAAGGACAAAUUGGGUUACGGACUGAACUUUAUGGAUGUCCAUACUGGGCUGAUGUUAUCAAUUUUGAUGGAAACUCUGGUUUAUCCUAUCGAUUCAAGAACAAGAAGAUGAAAACACUAAAAGAUGUCAUCUCUCUCAAAUUCAAAAGCUCUGAAAGUGAAGGUGUGAUCUUUCAUGGAGAAGGACAGGAAGGCGAUUACAUUACUUUGGAGCUAAAAAAGGCAAAAUUGGUCCUUCAGCUAAACCUAGGUAGCAACCAGUAUGGAUCCAUUUAUGGCCACACUUCUGUGACUUCAGGAAGCCUUCUGGAUGACCACCACUGGCACACUGUCAUUAUAGAACGCCAUGGAAGGAACAUUAACCUUACACUAGACAGGCACAUGCAGCAUUUUAAGACAAAUGGAGACUUUGAAUCUUUGGACCUGGAUUUUGAGUUGACCUUUGGAGGCAUGCCUUUUUCUGGAAAACCAAGCUCAAGUAGCAGAAAAAAUUUCAAAGGUUGUAUGGAGAGUAUCAAUUACAAUGGAAUAAAUAUCACUGAUCUCGCCAGGAGGAAGAAAGUAGAGCCAUAUAAUAUGGCUAAUUUAAGUUUCACGUGUGUUGAAUCUCGGUCAGUGCCUGUAUUUUUCAAUGCUACCAGUUAUCUUGAAGUCCGUGGGCGCCCAAAUGAAGAUUUGCUGUCGGUGAGCUUCCAGUUUCGCACGUGGAAUCCAAGUGGCCUCCUUCUAUAUAACACCUUUAGCGAUGAGCUCGGCAAUGUAGAAAUUGAUUUAACAGAAGGCAAAGUUAGCGUGCACAUCAACAUGACCAAGUCGAAGAAGAACCGCAUUGAUAUCUCCUCAGGUUCUGGUCUUAAUGAUGGGCAGUGGCAUGAAGUACGACUCACAGCCAAAGAAAAUUUUGCAAUUUUAACAGUUGAUGGUGAUGAAGCCUCAUCUGUCAGAACAAACAGUCCUCUUCAAUUCCAGACUGGAAGCAGAUAUUUCUUUGGAGGUUUUUACUCUUUGUCAAAUUAUACAGAUCACUCUUUGCUUCAGCAUUCUUUCCAAGGUUGCAUGCAGCUUAUCCAUGUGGAUGACCAGCUGGUUGACCUUCAUGCUGUAGAACAAGGAAAGCACGGAAGCUAUGCUAACAUCAGUAUUGACAUGUGUGCCAUCAUAGACAGAUGUGUUCCUAAUAACUGUGAACAUGGUGGGAGGUGUACUCAGACUUGGGACAGCAUGACAUGCAAUUGUGAAGGAACUGGGUAUACAGGAGCAACGUGCCACAACUCUAUAUAUGAACUUUCCUGUGAAGCCUACAAGCAUCUUGGAAAAUCAUCAGACUGGUAUUGGAUUGAUCCAGAUGGCAGUGGUCCAUUAGGACCCCUCAAGGUUUUCUGCAACAUGACAGAGGAUAAAGUAUGGACAACUUUAUUCCAUGAUCUUUCACUGCAGACCCCCAUAGUUGCUGCCAGCCUUGACAAACCAGUUGUUCUUAACUUGAAUUAUAGCGCAUCAAUGGAACAGAUUUCUGCUAUCACCGGCAGUGCUGAGUAUUGUGAACAGUACAUCUCAUAUUCCUGCAGAAUGUCAAGGCUGCUGAACACACCAGAUGGAAAUCCGUAUACGUGGUGGGUUGGUAAAGGCAAUGAAAAGCAUCACUAUUGGGGAGGUUCUUCUCCUGGUAUCCAGAAAUGUGCAUGUGGCAUUGAGAGAAACUGCAGUGACAGCAAAUUCCACUGUAACUGUGAUGCUGAUCAGAGACAAUGGAGAAAAGAUGCUGGGUUCCUGUCCUACAAAGAUCAUCUGCCUGUCAGUCAAGUGGUAGUUGGAGAUACAUUUCGCUCUUCAUCAGAAGCAAAGUUAUCGGUUGAACCUCUGCGUUGUCAUGGAGACAAGAAUUACUGGAAUGCUGCGUCCUUCACCACGCCAUCUUCAUACCUGCAUUUCUCCACAUUUCAAGGAGAGACCAGUGCUGAUAUUUCAUUUUACUUCAAAACGUCGGCACCUGAUGGAGUCUUUCUGGAAAACAGAGGAAAAACUGAUUUCAUCAAAUUAGAAUUAAAAUCUAACACCGAGGUGUCCUUUGCUUUCGAUGUUGGAAAUGGACCAGUUGAACUCAUUGUUAGAUCCCCCAGUCCACUUAAUGAUGAUCAGUGGCACCGGGUCAGAGCAGAGAGAAAUGUGAAGGAAGCCAGUCUGCAAGUGGAUCAGCUGCCAUGGCAGUUGCACAAGGCCCCCACCCAAGGUCACACAAGACUGGAACUGUACAGCCAGCUCUUUGUUGGUGCUGCUGGAGAUCAGAGAGGCUUCCUGGGCUGCAUUCGUUCUUUGAGAAUGAAUGGUAUGACGCUGGAUUUAGAAGAAAGAGCAAAAAUUACUCCAGGAGUAAAGCCCGGUUGCUCAGGACACUGCACCAGUUUUGGAAUGUACUGCCAGAAUGGAGGCAAGUGUGUGGAGAAGUACAACGGCUACACCUGUGACUGCUCAAGGACAGCGUAUGAUGGACCCUAUUGUAAUAAAGAUGUGGGAGGCUACUUCGAGGAAGGUACUUGGCUGAGAUACAACUUCCAUUCAGCAUCCACAGCAGCAGUGGUCAGUACAAAGGAAACUGGAAAUAUCCCUCAGAGUUCUGCUUCAGAUAUUGGUUUAGCAAAAGAAGAGCUACUAUUUAGCUUCAGCACUACAAAGUCGCCUUGUAUCCUGCUGUACAUCAGCUCCUAUUCCCAAGAUUAUCUAGCAGUCCUGCUCAAGGCUUCUGGUAUCCUACAAAUUCGAUACAAUUUGGGUGGCACCAAAGAUCCAUACAACAUUGAUAUUUCUGAUCACAAAAAUAUGGCAAAUGGCCAGCCCCACAGUAUCAAUAUCACCAGGAGUGGCAGAAACGUAAUAUUUCAGCUUGAUCACUACCCACCGGCAGUCUACAACCUUCCUUCUGCCUCUGACACCCAGUUUAAUGGACCAAAGGCCCUUUUCCUUGGGAAGGUUAUAGAAACUCAACAAUUUGGGGGCCAAAGCCAGCAUCAGAUAUUGAAAGAGACAGGAACAAAAGAUCAAGAUAUCCAUUCAUACAAUACUCCAGGCUUUAGUGGCUGCCUGUCCAGGGUACAGUUCAAUCUCAUCGCUCCACUGAAGGCAGCUCUAAGGUCAAGCAACAAUUCUCAAGUGUUCAUCCAAGGGGAACUUGUGGAAUCGAACUGCGGAGCCUCCCCACUCACCAUCCCACCAAUGACUUCCAAUACAGAUCCAUGGCACUCAGAAUCGCCUGAGUUUCCAAACAAUGAAGGCCAAGCCAUUAAAGAUGGUGUGAACAGGAAUUCUGCAAUCAUUGGGGGCAUUAUAGCUGUGGUCAUCUUCACUAUACUCUGCACCCUGGUGUUUUUAAUACGCUACAUGUUUCGUCACAAGGGGACCUACCACACAAAUGAAGCCAAAGGAGCUGAAUCUGCUGACACUGCCGACGCUGCCAUCAUAAACAAUGAUCCCAACUUUACUGAAACUAUUGAUGAAAGCAAAAAAGAAUGGCUGAUCUGAGAGUGAGCAAGAGCUAAUCCAAGGGUUUGGGGGGGAUAAAGACUGUCUCGCCAGAGCUCAGCUGCAGACUUCUACUCACAGUACCUGCACCGUUGGGAUUCCUGCAGUUCGAUUGAAUAUGUUUUGACAGUACCACAAUGCUUAAACCUUAAAAGAGGCAUUCAAAAGUACUUUUUUAUUUACUUCUACAGUUGGGUUUUGCUCCUUCUGUAUAGCCCUGCCUAAAAAAAAUGAAAUAUCAGCUUUUAGAAUUUCAGAAUUGGUUGACAGUACUAUCUGUAUUUUACUUUGUGUGUUAAAAGGCAUUCUAUAGUAAUGGGCCGUUUUAUACAGUUUUUUAAAGCCCUAAAGGAUGAAACCCUUUGAAUAUACAAUAUACAGUUUAUUUAUGUAUUUAUGUGUAGGUGUGUGUAUAAACACAUAUAUAUGUGAUUUCUACUGUAAUAAGGCCAGUGGAUAAAUAUCAAAAACAAUGUUCUCUACAUACUUCAUUAGCUGCUAAUGAAACCUUUUCUGAUCCCUUGUAAACUUUAACUAGUAACAUCUCAGUGACUAUAUCCCAGUCCUGUAUAUACACCUACACACACACACACAUAAAUAUAUAUUUCUAUAUAUACAAUCUAUCCAAAUCAUUAUGUUCAUUUACUACAGACAUAUACAGAUAUACUUGCCUUUGCAUGAAAUGGGCACUAAAGAAUGCAAGGUAUGAGAAAGCUUAAAGAUUUGUCAUGCCAAAACAGAAUGAUGCUGCCAACUUACAAAAUGCCAUCACUUUAAUACCUUGAACUAGUGUAGGCUGCUGAGCAAUGGCUAAAAAGGAAAGCAUGUAGACUAUACAUAAAUAUUGUAUAUUUUCUUAUUUUCCUAUAUAUUUAUUUCAUUUUGUUUAAUGUUUCCUUCAGACACUACACAUUUUUAACUAAUCUGCAUAAUUUAACAAAGAUAUGCCUUAUAAUAUUUAUGCACUUGUAUCCUGCUGUCUACUAUAGUUGGUGGAUCUGACCUUGAAAAGAUGCAUGAACUAGGUGUGCAUUGAGAAAUGGCUUUAAAGAGUUGAGGAAAAGUUCAGCUGCCAUUUUAAAAAUGUAUUUUUAGGGUUCAGCUGCCAACCUAUUCAGCAGGGUACAGUGUCAAAAUUGCCCAAUAGUAAUAUAGUAAUAUAUUACCGGCCAGAAAUGGUUUGCCCCAUAGAUUAGGUCAGUCUUCCCAAUUUUCUUUCAGUGCCACCUACAAUAUAGCGAGGCAGGUCAGACAUCCCGCAAAUAAUGCAGGAUCUUAGGAAAAACCUCCAUGACUUUUUAUUAUGGAGUUUGGAAAUUACGAUGAUUGUGGUAUGUGAAUGCUAGGAAAAAAUAACAAAACCCAGCCCAAGAAAAAUCACAGCCAUAACAUUUAAUGUACGCCAGUAGUGUUUUUGAAAUGCGCUGCUGUAUAUAAGCGACCUCUAUCAGACAGAUGCUGGAAACAGCUGUGUGACCACAAGCUGAAGACCCCUAAGAAGAAAUACAACCUAUAUAUAACAAACCUUUAAUUAAUUUUAUCAUAUUUAAAAAAGGAUAGACACCAUUAAGCCACAUAGCAAUCAUCAUUGAAGUCAUAUACAAGUUAUUCUCUUUGUAAUUGCAAUACCCAGUGUGAUACAGAAGUUAGGCACAUGAAGAGGUGGCAUUAGCAAAACUGCUGUCUAUGUAAACUGGAGCCAGAGUUAAACAAUUUAUAAUAUUUUAUCUUUGUAGAUCCAUGUAAAAUAUACUUGUUUCUUUUUAAACAAAAUAUUUUAAAUGUUUAUUUCUUAACACAUAUUCAUGGAUUUAUUAAAGUCCUUUCAAGGAACGGAACUGUUUCCAGUGAAUAACAAGAUAUUUGGCAUUGAAAGGGAAAUAUACUGUGUUUAUAAAUAGUCCUCAUGUUCCUUUUUGGAUCCCUUGAAUCAACAGGCAAGUAUGAGGGCAUAAAGUAUUAUGUGCAUAAUACAUUUACCUUUUUGAUAAUGAUAUACAUUUAUCAAUGGGUUACUAUAGGAAAUAAUAUAUCCCCUAUUGUAUAAUACAUAUGGAGGAAUUCUCAGGAGAGUUCCAUCAUGGGCUGUGUGCUUUUAUACAGGCCAUGUAACUGGUUGGUGACUUCUAGCAUAAUUUACAACAGGAGGUACAAUAUAUAUAUAUAUAUAUAUAUAUAUAUAUAUAUAUAUAUAUAUAUAUAUAUAUAUAUAUAUAUAUAUAUAUAUUGUUUUAUAAUACACAUUUCAUGAGUUAUAAGGCACCAGUGACAUCACUAAGCACCUGGACAACAUCACUAAGUGCUAUUUAUAAGAAAUUAUUUUACAGGUAUAUUCAUGGCUCUUGUGUAUUAUAUGACUCUAAAUUAUAUCACUUGUAAUCUUUACCUCAGUCCAAACCACUACAAAAAAGUUGUUCAGAAAAUUAGCUAUUCUGUUAAAAGCAAUCUAACAAGAAAAUACAUUAUGUCACCUUCCGCUCAUACAGAAUGUAUGAAUUCAAAUUUGUAGAGAAUUAAUGAAAAUGAAAAAAAAUUAAAAAUGAAAACAAAUGGAACAUGCCCCUAUUCUACAAUCUCAGAGGGUUAUGUAAUAAAAGGCACUUAGUUUGUCUAGGAGCAGUAACUCAUAGCAGCAGGUAGAAUUCGCUGGUGAUGUGAUGAGCAAAUUUUUUUCACCAGACAUGGAUUUGCAGCAAAAUCUUGCAUUUCACCAUUGGCAAACUUCCUCACGAAACUGUGAUAAAAAGUUGGCGUGACAAAAAAUUUGCAGAGAAAAAACACCCAUUCACUGUAACGUAUUUGGACUGAGCAAAAAUUUGAACGCAAAAAAAGUUGCACACAUAAAAAAAUUGUUGCACACAUAAAAAAAUGUUUCAUGAUAGCUGCAUCAAAUGCAUUUUCCUAAUUUUUUUGCCGUUUUGUGAACUUUUCAGCAGCUUCACAAAUUUUCUGGCAAAUUGAAAUGGGACCGAUUCACAACUGCUCACCUGUUUAAAAGCAAACAUCCUAUUGGUUGCUAUGGGUUACUGCUCCUGGGCAAACCUAGUGCCUUUUAUUGCAAGUGAGGGUUAAUGUACUAGUAGGAUUUAUGGAUUUGUAAUCUUUUUUAAAACUUUACAUUUUAUAAAAAAAAUCUAUAGUAGUGGUAGCCCUGAAUUAGAGCCUAAAGUAAAGCCUAUGGAUCACCAGUGUAGAAUACCCUUUAAGACUGUGAUUCUGGGCACAAAACUAAACCACUGGGAGCACUGGCCCAUGCAGAUUAUGGACACCACUCUGUUUUCUGCAGUUGGAAUUUACAGUAGAUCAGUAUGACAGAUGGUGCCAUGCAGGUUUUGAAUACAGCCUUGUACAAAUGACUUUGAGGAUCCAUUUGGCAAUAAUUUGUGUGUGAUUCAGCCCUUUGGGGGUCAUUUAAAAAGACAUGGCAAAUUUGCGACCUAUAGCAACCAAUCAGUCAUUAGCCUUUUUCAUCCAGCUGCAGGUUAAGCAAUAAAAGCAAAUACCUGACUGGUUGCCAUGGGUUAUUGCCCAGAUGCAAAUUUUCCCAGCAGUGCAUCUUAUAUUUCCCAGCAGGUCUGAACCCAAGGCAAUGGGGAGCAACACUGGUUUUAUGAUGUUUUCUAUUAAUCUCCAGUCUCUAAGAACCACUAAAAAACAUGUGCUCAAGUUCAAUUCAAACGAGUGUAUUGCCACACAGUGAAUGCACAGAACCACAGAGCAUGGCAAAUGCAUUUACCCAAACACAUCCUAAGUGAUUCGUUCUCAGGUAGAAUAACAUAAAUAUAGAGCUUUUAGUAAAUAUGUAGUUUAAUGUCGUGUUUUUGGGUGUGGUUCCAAGUGAUCACAUUAAUGUCAGGUGUAAUGAUUUUCUCCUGCUAUGUUGACUGCAGCCUAAUAAUGUCAUGUUAAAAAGGUAAAGUCUGUCGCAUUUUGCAUUAAAGUUAAAAGUACUGUACUUUCCAAUAUUGCUAGUGGCCAAGUGACCUGGCUGUUGAUAUAUUUGCCUGACCGAACAUCUUUCUAACAAUUGCUGCACAUUGAUCGAUAUUAGAUAAAUAAAUAUUCCUGGCUCACUAACACUACAUAUACAUUAACCUGGCUGAGGACCUGAGCUAGUGACAGCUUCAGUACAUUUUGACAUUUAAAAAAUGAAGAAACUGUACAAAAAGGUGCAUAAACAGGCAGAUAAAAAAGUCACUGUAUUAAAAUAACUUUAACCAA